UUCCCAUAAUAUUUAGGGGGGCAGAAAGCUUAUUCAGAAAGUAUCAAAUAUUCUGAUAUUACUGAUAAACAUGUCAACAAGACAGACGCCAAAAAUACAAUCGAGGCGACCCUUGCCUCAAAAGUUUCCAGAAUGGAAGUUUUUCUUCCGAGGUAACAUGGCAUAGUUGAUUUUUAAUCGAUAGAGCUCUUACAAUUCUUAUUUAUUAUUUAAAUUUAGUUUAAUUGUGGUUUUAUAUUUCGGUGAGGGGGUGUCCUCGUGUCCAUAUUUCGUCACCAAAGCUAAAUACUAACGACGUUUAUAGUCGCAUUUUGUAAUUAUUAGAUACUUUUUAUCACAUGAACUUGCCGUUGCUUUAUUUUGUUUUAUAUUAGGUUGUUAAUUGUUAACUUAUAUAUCUAUGUGUUACUUUUAUUGUAAGUAGUGGUGUUAGAUAUUAAACAGGUAUUGGAUGAGGUUUUUGUGAUAUCCAUAAUUAUUAAGGUAUUUUAAAAAGUGUUAUCAGUCGAGCCAAUGGUCCAGAUUUAGCUGUAAGCUACUGGCCAAUAAGAAGGCACAUAGAGACUACAAUACAAUGUAAAAUCAUAAAUAUAAAUAGCCCAGAAGUUGGGAGUUAUAACAGUGGAAGAUAGUGAUAGCAUUAAGACUUGUUUACAUUUUCAAUUUUUGCUGUGAUUUCUGGUUUGAUUUCUUCUGAUGCAUGUGAAAGAGUAGAUGAAUUACAAAUGUUCUGAAUAUAUCCACCCUCAUCUGAAUAUAUCCACCCUCAUCUGAAUAUAUCCACCCUCAUCUGAAUAUUUCUAACUCAUUCACAUCCAUCAAAAGAAGAAAAUCACAGAAAAAAUUGCAAGUGUAAGCAGGUUUUUCUAUGAGCAGAGUGUUAAUUAGCCAGAAAUAUAAAAAUUUUAGCAAAAUUGAGAAUUCCAGUUAGCCUGCAACAUUCAGACUGCAGCUAAGGAAUAUUGUGUUUCUUAUAAACUGACAUUCUUGUUGCCUAGCGCCAGCUGAGCUAAAUUGAAACUUUUGAAGUGUAAGUUGCCUGACAUUGUUUUGUGUACUAAAAACCGACAAAUAUAUAUUUUAGGCCACAUGACAUCCACACAACACUUAUCUGGUAGACUGGUACCCAAUUUUUCUUUAAGAGCAAAGUUUUGAUGUUAAACAUUCUUGAUAAUUAUUAAAUUUAGGGAGACUUGAUAAUUAUUAAAUUUACGGAGACUUGAUAAUUAUUCUCUGGUGCUCACUAGUUGGGCAACUAAUUUUUUUUUAGAUUUUACCCCUUGUGUGUGUUAAAAGGCCGGGGUUCAACUGUACUUCUUAUUAACUUUCAUUCUUAACUAUUAUGCACUAGUCAAUUGAAACUACGGCCCCCGACCCUCAGAGAAUUAAUGAGCACAGAGAAUUAAUAGCAGAGAAUUAAUGAGCACAGAGCCGUGGGAUAACGCCUAUUUAAUGCUGCAUUUCUCCGGGGUGACCGGGGAUUUAGUAGCCAGGAUUUUAACAUUCGCACUUCAGCUAGAGUAGAGGAACUGAACAUUAGAGGUCAUUGUGUUUGAACAUGCUCAUUGAUCGGUUUGCUAUUUUGUACAAUAGUACUAGGGCCUUUAACAGGAAAUAUCCACCGGUAGUGGGGGAAAUGAGUGGGAACUAACAAGAGGAAUUGUUUUGCCACGGGGGGGGGUGGGGGGUGUACUAGUGCAUUACCAUAUCCUACUUAUAAUAACUUUAAAUAAUCAUUAUUAUCUAUUUCUUUAGAUGCGUCAAGUGAAAGCAACAAAGCACAAUUUAUAUUGUUGGCACUAAUAUUUAUUUCAUCUCUUUUGUUGAUGGUGUUUUUGUACAUGAGUUUUCCAAAAUUAAAACCGUAUGUAUUUUGCCUUACGUUUUUUAGAAUAGAAUAUAUUUGCUCACAAAAAAUAUUUACAAUGGAAAUUUAAUACAAUAAUGUAAGGGAGCUAGGCACCUUUUGAAAUCCUGUUGAUAUUUUACUCAAUUAUUUCUAAAUUUUAGAUUUGAUAUUUUACUCAAUUAUUUCUAAAUUUUAGAUAUGUGAUAGAUAUUUAUACCCAGGUAUACUGCUUCAUGCAGUCAAUGGAAGUACUGUAUUAUGUUUGAUACAGUACAAUGUAACUUUUUUAGCAAGCAACCUCGUUCCCAGGGUAUUUAGAGCAAAUCCCCAAGAGCAAAUACCCUGGGUACGAGGUUGUUUAGCAAGUUGUCUUUCAUAUAAAUAUUAAGCACAAUAAGUUAAUUAACAUGGUGAUUGCACUGUCAAAACAUCAAUCUAAGUAUAUAGCCAUGUUGUAUCAAGUACCGUACUAAAUAAAUGUUUUUCAAUGGUUUCAUACUUUUUACAUCUUGGGGCAAUUACUACUGUCCUGUCAGGCACCCGGCUUAUAUUAAAGCGAACCGCCAUACAGACAACAGCGGGUUUCCCUUGUAAAGAUUCACUUGCUCAUAUGUGUAUGACAAUAUUUGACAAGUUUAUGGUAGGGACUAAAAAAUAAUAUUCUGUUUCUGCAUGGUCAUCGCGCGCGUCAUUUUUAACUGCGCAUUGUUGGCAAAUUAUUAGUUAUAAUUUAUUAUUUGAACUCUGAUUAUAUUUUUAUAGUAGUUCUCUUUUUAUUCUGUUAAACCUGCAAGCAUAAAAAUCACUAUAAAUUUUAUACACUUUCUAGGAACUAAAAAUUAUCCCCCUUUUCUGCAACAAUAAGCCCCUCCUUAAAAAAAGAAGGGGAAAAAGCUGCGUCAAUACUGGACAAACACACUGACUGGAAACAGAAUAUUUUUUUAUGCAUAUACUGAUGCCUGGUUUUGAAAAUUGGCAAACUUAUUUGACUUGUUCAUAUGCAUGACUGUAUCACAUAAAAAAAUCUGCUCGUCUGUAGGCCGAUGUCAAGGAAAACUUCACUUUUUUAUCAUACGCAUGCACCAUAGAUAUCUUAUAUACACUAGAUAGCGCAUCUCUUUUAGUAAAAUUGAAGCCAAAAAUAUUCCAGCGGUUACCCCCAUUUGAAUAGAUGGCGGCCAUGUUGGUCGUUCCCACUUGCUAAUAAACGCUUAAAAACAACAAUAACUUUCAUAAUUUGAAUAGUUUAAAAACGUAUUUGGAGCAGGGUUAACUUAAUGUUUAAGUUCCCUGUUUAAGAAAUAGAAAACAUACGAAUCUUCUCAUUUCAUUGGAACGACCUGAGACUGCAAUUACGGCUUCAAUUUUUGAAUUGCAGAAUAAUUAGAUGCACUAUCUAGUGUAUACAUAAGAUAUCUAUGGCGUGCACAAGCAAAAGGAACUUGAAGAAUAUAUUUCUUGCAGAGAGGAUGCGGACAAGAUACGACUACCAAUGAAUAUGGAGGAUGCGAAAGCUCUGGCAACAGUUUUAUCCAAUUAUAAAGAUGAUUAUUUUUUUACCGUUGUACUAGCAUUUUUCUACAUAUACGUUUUGUAUCCUUUUUGUAUGGUUGAUGUUCAAUACUUCAAUAUUCUAAGGCUGAAUAAUGGAAAUUUAUUUUGUCUCUUUGGUUUAGCGUAUACUCCGAGAUUCUGCUUAUUAUAUAGAGAAAUUAUCUUAUUACUGUAUAUUGGUUUUCUGAAACAAUGAUUCCGUCUUUAGCCUUUAUAUAUAGAAAGAUGAUGUCUAUUUGUAAUUUGGUUUAUUCAAUUAUUGUGUUUUAUUUUCAUAAUUAACCAGUCCAAAGCCUGCAUGUUCAUAUAGAUACGGGAUUGCCUUGGAAAAUCAAUAAAUCACUCUUUUUUAGCAAUUUAUAAGUUAUAAGUUUUAUAGUAGUGUUCCUGAAUUCGUGAUACUAUUUUUUCUUUAACUUCGCUGUUAGUUUACAAUCGUUUGCAAUUCCAGGGUCAAUAUUUCUUAGCAUUUUGUCAGGAUUUCUUUUCCCGUUUCCACUCGCUUUAUUUUUAGUCUGCUUGGUAAGUUAAUAAACAGAUAGGAUAUGUUUUCAUUUACGGAAAAAAACAUUUUUUAUAGAGCUAAUUCAAAAAAGGUUGUCCUUUGCAAAUCUUAAACUCUAAACCUUAAGCUCUAAGCCCGCAAAGCUUAAUGGGAGCACUAGUUUCAAGCUUAGUAGUUGAAUAUUGCAGCUACAUGUAUAUUUGUGAAUGAAUUGUUCUCACAAGGAGAUUUUUACCAUAUCUCUAAGAAAUGGGCCCCAUAUAUGAUUUCUAAACGCAUUAAAUGCAUGAUGCUCCCAUUAUGCUUUGCACGCUUAGAGUUUAAGGUUUAAUAGAGUUUAAGAUUUGCAAAGGGCAACCUUUUUUGAAUUAGCUGUAAAUAUUAUUGCAUGAAUCUUUAUCAUGCAGUGCUAAAUUAUUAAUACAUACAGUAGAAGUCAUAUAUUAUUAUUUAUUUAUUUAACUUCGCCAGGUAAAAAUUACGCGAAUGACAUGCAUACAAUACAAAUACAAAAAACUAUACAAGUGACGAAUGGCGGGGACACCACAACAGUUAAAACCAAUUACUGCGGGCCCUUUUAACAUAUAGGUUACAUACAGUUAAUAACAUUGGUCAAACUUCGCCAAGAGUUACAAUUUAAACAUAUAGAUCGCCAUGUUCUUGGGUCCUCUGCAUCAAAACAACUGUGCAGGGCUUUCGAAUAAUAUUGUCGUAAUAAACUCUUAAAUGUACUUAAACUCAAAUUUGGUUGUCUUAAGUCUGUUGGAAGACAAUUCCAUACUCUCGUGACGCGGGUAAUAUACGAUCGCUGGAAAGUCCUAGUCCUGCAUUUUGGGGGGCGGAAGGAUAACUCACUGGCACUGGAAUAUCUAGUUACUCUCGUGGGGAUUAUCGAUUUAGGGAGAACAUCUUCAGAUAUGACAACCAGACCACUGAUGAAGAUCAAUGCUAUAGACGUGAUGUUUCCACAAACGAUGUCCUAUCAGUAGUAAUAGUAUAUUAUCAUCAUUCAAUAAACUCAACAAACUUGGGUUUGUCUAGCCUUCCCUGCAGGCAACUCUGUACUUGUGCAACGUUAAAUUAUGUUUCUGGUAAGAUAGCUUUAGUUAUUAAUACGAAUUAAACUUUUUGGAGAACAUAAUGUAACGUUGCAGAACAACUACAGGCUAUAUAGGGUCUGUCAAUGGACAAUUCCAUGCAACAUACACUAAUUUCGUGCCCUGGGUUUACUUAAAAUCCAUAUUAUUGAAAACUCUAAACAACGGGCACCUCCAAACCACGACAUCAUUGAUCAUUCUGGGCACAAAUUGAAAUUAUGCAUGCCAAGUUAAAACAACCUCGAUAUAACGGUAUAACGAACAGUUCGUGCAGAGAUCUGUGUGUAAAGAAUUAAAAACUACAAAGUUCACUAAAGUUUAAAUAUUUCUUUUGUUUCAGUGUUCCAGCCUAGGUGCUUCGUUCUGUUACUUACUUUCCUAUCUAGUUGGAACAAGAAUUAUCAGAUAUUAUUUUCCUGAAAGAAUUCUUGAAUGGCAGACGAAUGUAAGUCAUUUCUUUCUGAUUUGUUUUGUGGACGGCAUUAUACAUUUGGCAAAACUUUCAAUCUUUAUACAAGAUGGCAGACAGGUCACUAUUUUCAAGAAUAUAAAAGCAAGAUAUGCAAUAGGUGUAAAAAUUCUUUAUUAAUUAUUUAAAAAAAGUUCUUUCCAAUAAGACAAACUGAUUUUUUUUGCCAGUGGCCUUUAAUAAUAGUCAACACAUGCAUGCACUUAACUGACAGUCAUGCACCAUUUCUUGAUAUAAUUUAUUUCUAGGUACAAAAACACAAAGACGAUCUGCUAAGUUACAUAAUAUUUCUUCGUAUCACGCCAUUUCUACCCAACUGGUUUAUUAAUAUCUCGUCGCCUGUUAUUGACGUUCCUCUUUUGCCAUUUUUUGUUGGAACAUUUGUAGGUAAGACAAGUGUCGUUUUAUUUUAUGGGGAAUUUUAUACAUACAUUAUUCACCUUCAAUGACCGAUUACAUCAAAAUGAUUACGCUUUCUUAUAUUACCCUACUAAGUAUUGACUGAGUUCUUUACAACAAUUGUGAUAUUACAGGUUUAAUAUUACAUAAACGGUUACUUAUAGUUUCAAAGAGCAAAUGAAUAGAAAGAAAGGAAAACAACUUAUCAGUAACAAGUUAAUUAGUAAAGAUUAAUGUUAAGUGCAUGGUUAGUUUAGUUAAGUUUUUAAACUUUUAUUAUGUUUUUACUUUUAUUAUUUUUUACUUUUAUUAUUUUCUUACUUUUAUUAGGUCUUUUAUUUUUAUUAUGUUUGGUUUUAAAGUUAUUUGCUGCUCUCUAUCUUUAAACUACAAUUAUAACUGGUAUAAUUUUUAUGUAGUCUGUCUGUAAAUUUAAUACGUUUUUAAUUCUACGUAGCAGUAUUUGUAGCUCUGCUUGAAUAAAGUUUAUCUUAUGAACAGGCUCUAAGCCACAGGUCAUACGGUCUUGUAUUUUCAGGUGUCGCGCCACCCUCAUUUGGUUACAUCACAGCUGGUGUUGAAGUGCACAAGUUGACGACUACAGGAGAUGUGAUGACAUUCCAAUCAAUCACAAUCGUUAUAAUUUCUGCAUUGCUUUCCCUCGCUCCCGUGUUAUUUAGAAGACAAUUGAGAAAGAAACUCGAAUAAUUUGAAGAACAAAGUGUUGAAAUUGACCCAUUUUUAUUCAUCAUGAUCAUCAGUAUUCUCGCAGUGAAGAUGAACGAAGCAUGAAUGAAUGCUCCACUUUUGUGCGAAUAACAUCGGCGCAAAGGGGAGCGACUAAGGAAUAGUAGGUUGAAACAGACCUAUCAAACGUUACACCUAGAAGUAGAAGUAAGCCAGCACAAUCGAAAGGCCAAUUUGCAAAUUAACAGUUAUAAUCCCAAUUAUGUAAGCUUCAAUCUAAAGGGAAUAGCAAGUUCUCCCACUUGGAGAGAGAUCCUUAUUAUAUUUAUUUAUCGUUCUUGGUAUAAAAGAGAUUACCGUUCAUUUCAAACAAAAUCAAGCAUAUCCAUCGUGGGAUAUGUAUGCAAAAUCCUAUUUUUUAUACUAUUGUCGACUUUAAAUUAAGGCAUAAGCUAUGUAUAAGCUUUUCGCUGAUGUUAUUUUUUAGUUUUAAAACGUCUACCCUGGCUGUGACGUCAUAUAUUUAGGUCUAAUUAUAAAACAAUAUGGCGGAUGGCAGGAUGUAUCUCAAAAUUUAAUUAAGAUAGUUUCGGAAUAUUUGUAAAAAAAAAUGUAAGUAAUCUCAAAACUCUUUCAAAUUAAGCGAACGUAAUUUUUAUUGCCGUUUUCCUUUGAGUUACUUUGACGUACUCUAAUCCUUUGUUUGUGACGUCAUUUCGGCAUAAUAUAUGAAAUGUCACUCCGAAUAAAACUUCUGUUCAAAACUCAUCAGAUCGAGGGAUUCUGAACAGAAUAUAAGUGUUGACAUUUUUUCUUAGCGGACAGAGGACUAAAAACUGAAUAAAAGCGAAUAAAACUAAGCGGAUUAUAAAACCAAACAAUUUAAUACUUUUUAAAUGAAAAGACUUUGGAGUCAUAAAAUAGUCGGCCUGUGAGAAAAGUGGACAGAUUUAGAUCGAGGACACGGACGUCAAAGACGACGUGAAAAUGGCGUGUUGUGCCCAUGUAUGGAUAUGCCACGCCAUUUUGACGCCAUUUUCACGUCAUCUUUGACGUCGGCGUCCUCGAUCUAAAUCUGUCUAAUGAAGCCAAGAUGACGGUGGAAAUUGACGUCCAAAGCUAUGAAGGUCGUAAACAGUUCCAAUGCCAUUCCAGUUUUUCUAACCGACCGUAUCGUUAAACAAGGUAUCAGUUCAUAAAACCAUAGUGUUAUUCUUUAAAUGGAUGCCAAAAUACGAAAUUUCGGCACACUCCUUGCCAGCUUCGUGUUAACCGUUCAGAAAAAACAAUAGAAAGGGACUGCAACUGACGUCCAAUAGCUCUUCAAUUUCCGCCAUGUUGGCUUCAUUUUUUGGACUUGAGUUCUCGCUCCAGAUAUAUAAGGAGCUCAGUUUUUUCUCACCGUUCCUUGCUUGCCGCACGUCAUGUUAUUCACACUGUUGUGGAAUGACACUGAACUGGAAGGAGACACUUGAAUCACGUUUCGCAGACGCCUAUCUAAGUUGGGUCGUGAAUGUAAUUUAUUUAGGAAAUGGUUAGGAUUUAAUAGAGGUAAACUUGUCAUAAUACCAGCAAGGCGGAAGUGAAAAGGCCAAUGAACUAGGCUAGUUAGAGAAUAGAGGUUGCAUUAACAAAAGCGUUGAGAUUAAGAUUGUAUUUGGUGUAAAUCGGGGUUGUUAAUAUGAAAAUUGACUCAAGAAAUUCAAAGUAACAGAAUAGCUUCUUAUUAUGAACAGUACUAAUCAAAUAAUAUACCUUU